GCCUGGCAGCACCUGAGGCCAGCAGCAUCCUCCUCUUUGGUCCCCAAGGGUGGCCCUUGAGGACCAGAACCACCUUUGCAGCAUCCUUUGCCUCCAGGGAUUAUCCAUCCAUCCAUCCAUCCAUCCAUCCAUCCAUCCAUCCUUGGAAAAGGAUUUUUCCUCCUUUCUCCUCCAUCCCUUCUUCCUUCCUCUUCUCCUUGGCUUGGGACAUGUUGAACCUCAUGGAUUUCUCCCACCAGCAGGACCCUCUUGGUGGCAAGCGCAGGGUGAGCCCCUCGGGAGAGGAGCAGGCCCCCAUCCCUGCACAACAACAACAACAACAACAACAGCAUCAAGACCAGGUUGUGAACCAAUCCACGAGGGAAGGGGUCCAGGACUACCUGCCAGGUGACUUUAUGGGAGCUCCAAUGAACCCUGAAAUGGCUGAUUACUACUUCCUCUCUGGACAGUCUUCUCCGCCAGUCAGCUACACGGGGAGCUUCUUCAUCAAGACAGAGCAAUGCCAGGAUCAAGAGUCCCUCUUCAAUUUGAUGUCUGGCAUCCUGGGGCUGUCUCCAUUCUCUGCUUCAGAAGCUCACCGCAGGCAACUGGACGGCGUCUACAGCGUCCCAGAGGCCAUACAGAGCCACUUGGACCUCUAUUCCACCUGCCAACCUGACCUGAACAUCUCUGUACAGCCCUCUUUAGCAGACGAAGGCUAUUCCACCUUCUCCAGCUCCAGCAGCAUCCACCAGCAAGUCCAGACAUCUCCUGACGUACAGGACUCCUCCCAAUGCUUGUUCAAUGAAAAACUGUUGGAUAGGAAGCAGGACAUUAAGCUCUCUUGCAUCUCACCAUCCCUGGAGAAGUUUAAAUCCCCUUGUUCUCAUUGGGAUCCUCUUGGUCAGCCCCAGAGUUACCUCCCAUCGGAAUAUCCUACAUCGGAGGCUUUCCAUCCCAUAGAACCAAGCCCAACCAUUUUCUCCAAAACAGAGAACAUUCUGUCAGUCAGUUGCCAAUCUGAACUCAACAGCCUUCCAGAACACUCAAGCUUUGGACCCAACUUGGAUUUCAGCUGCCACCCAGAGACCUUUCCAACUCACCCCCAAAUCCCCAGUGACUUCGUGGAGCCCAAACUCCCCAGCCUGCCUCCACAGCUCAUGCAAGAAUUUGAGUCCACCUUACCCCAACCUGAAAUUCUGCCAAGUUUGAUAAACCCCAAUGACCAAAGGUUGCACAUUGGCCACUCACCGCCUUCUGCGGUCUCCAUGACGGACUUCAUGUCUCAGGCCCCAAACCCCUCAGUUGGCACUCUAGGACCUGGCACUAAGGCCACCCCCAGCCUCCUGGCUGAGCCAAAAAAGAAAUCCCGUCGGGGGAAAUGUUCCUCCAAGUGCUUCUGCCCCAAACCUCACGCCAAGGCUUUUGCUUGUCCGGUGGAGAACUGCAUCCGCAGCUUUGCCCGCUCCGACGAGCUCAACCGGCACCUCCGGAUCCACACUGGACACAAGCCCUUCCAGUGCCGCAUCUGCCUGAGGAACUUCAGCCGCAGUGACCACUUGACCACGCAUGUCCGCACCCACACGGGGGAGAAGCCCUUCUCCUGUGACGACUGCGGACGGCGCUUUGCCCGGAGCGACGAGAAGAAGCGGCACAGCAAAGUCCACCAGAAGCAGAAAGCCAGAGCCGAGGAGAAGCUGAAAGGCCUCGGUUUCUACACCGUUGGACUUUCCUUUGGGACGCGCUAGAAACCACGAAGGGAUUCAGCAAAGACAUUGGUUUCAGGGGACAUAAAGGGCUUGGGAAGCAUUUGAUACUCAGGUUAGAGAAGUUGUCUCCCAAAUGGUUGCUUUUUCUGGAAACAGUUGACCAUGGCUAUCAUUGGUCUGAUGGAGCCAUUGCACAAAGAAAAUCCAAAUAGUUGGAUGGAUGAAAGGAAGUUGAGAAAUAGUUGGAUGGAAGAUGGAAAAUGCGAAAUAAUUGGAUGGAUGAAAUCAAACUUGGCUUCCAUUUAAAUCAUCUCAUAUCUGGUGGCCUUCAAGCAACAAGAUGAACUAACUAUGCAGCUAUUAUGGGAUUUUCAGGCCUUGAAAUAGUUGGAUAGAUGGAUGAAAGGAAACAGAGAAAUAGCUGGAUGGAUGGAAUUGAGUAUGGCUUCCAUUUAAUGUCGUCCUACAGCUGGUGGCCUUUGGGCAACAAGCUAUGGAACUAUUUGGGGAUUUCUACCACCAGAUCCAUGGACAACUCCCAAUGUUGCUGAAGGCAGCUAGGCGACGGUCUAUCUUUUCCAAAAUGCUUUUGUAUUUUUGAAGUUUGGUUAUAUAUAUCUAUAUAUAUAUAUGCAUCUAUGUACUUAUAUAUACAUAUGCUGAAUGUUAUUUGGAUAUAUAUUUUUUUGCAUAUGCAUAUGUCUCCAAAUAACCCGCCUCCAUUUUAUACAAGAACAAGACCACUUUGCAAAUGAUUUUUAAUGGACUGAGCCCGUGAUCCUUUUCAUAAGCACUUUAAUGGACCUUCCAGGUUUUUUGGGGGGGUGUCGUUUUUAUUAUUGUCGUUGUUCAUGCUAAGGAUACACUUUCUCAUGUCAAACCCACGGGGAGGGCAUUUUUGAAGUGUGCAAAAAGGCCACAUAAUGCAUUGCUUUGCUAAUGAUCGAAAACGGUUGCUCAGGCAUGUUGCUUGAUGAUAGUUUUUGUACAUAAUUGUGACAGAGGGGUUUUUGUGGUUUUUGAAUAUAUCAAUCCCCCUCUCUCUCUCUCUCUUUGUAAAAAACAGAAUGUGUCGAGGUUAUUACAAAGCUGUGUUUAUUUUUGCAAAUAAACA